CCAUAACCCUCGCUUCGGUCUCCUCCUACGCGGGGCCUCGCGUGGCAUGCUUUCCCUGCAUGGAUACUUGAGUCAUGUUAUGUCCUAUGAGACUGCUCUUAGUCUGCAUUUCCCCAGAGUCUCAGUCCAUCGCAUGUGGGGCCUUUGGAGGGGAUGUGGGGAUGCCCUCGCGGCAUUUGCAGUCUCUCAACCAGCCGGGAGGUGGCAGACAAGAGACGGCUCGCCUGUUGUUACCCCGACUAGUAUCCUACACCGUCACUCAUGGCUGCUAGAGUCUGUGUGGGAGGGUCUCGUCUUUUACCCGACGUUUACCUGUCAGUCAUGCUGUCGCAGAUGCAGGGACCUGGAACUCAUAAUCACCCCCAACUGUCUGGAAUGUGCGCGGGGAUAACAUUAUAAAUACCGCGAUGAAAAGCACAUUUGAGGUUGUUCGGCAAUCGACCAAGCAUUUGCAAAAUGCACAGCAUCACUGGGCUCCUCGGCCUGCUCAGCGGCAUUUCUCUUUGCAGCGCUGCUCCAACUCAAAACAUUACCAGCGAUGUCUACUUCUAUGGAGACUCGCCCCCUGUCUAUCCCUCGCCGGAGGGAACGGGCACUGGUGCUUGGGCGACAGCUUAUGAGAAGGCAAAGAAGCUUGUUGCCCAGCUCACGGACGAAGAGAAGGUCAAUCUUACAGCAGGAGUCAGCUCCACUACAGGCUGCUCCGGCGCGAUUGCGGCGAUCCCUCGUGUCAACUUUCCCGGUCUCUGUGUGAAUGAUGCAAGCAAUGGGCUUAGAGGAACAGACUAUGUCAAUGGCUGGUCUAGCGGCAUUCAUGUCGGGGCGAGUUGGAAUCGAACGCUUGCUCACCAGCGAGCGGUAUAUAUGGGCCAGGAGUUCCAUCGGAAAGGAGUGAAUCUUCUUCUGGGCCCUGUAGUGGGCCCUCUUGGUCGGGUAGCCGAAGGGGGUCGCAACUGGGAAGGGUUCUCGAAUGAUCCCUAUCUUACCGGUGCACUAGUUUAUGAGACGGUCCAGGGGGUACAAUCGUCAGGAGUUGGCGUCUCUACUAAGCAUUACAUUGGCAAUGAGCAAGAGACAAACCGGAACCCCGAAACUGUUGAUGGUGUUGAAAUCGCCUCCGUCUCAUCAAAUAUCGAUGACAAGACAAUCCAUGAACUAUACCUCUGGCCGUUCCAGGAUGCCGUCCGGGCGGGAAGUGUUGCAAUCAUGUGUUCGUAUGAGCGGGUCAACAACUCAUAUGCUUGUCAGAAUAGCAAGACGCUCAACGGUCUUCUGAAGACAGAGCUUGGGUUCCAAGGCUAUGUAAUCACUGACUGGGGAGCUCAGCAUGGUGGUAUCGCAUCCGCCAAUGCCGGAUUGGACAUGGUGAUGCCCGAGUCCACACUCUGGGGGGCCAACCUUACCACCGCUAUUGCAAACGGGACUAUGGAGGCAUCCAGGCUAGACGACAUGGUAACUAGAAUCCUCGCAACGUGGUACCAGCUGAACCAAGAUACGAAUUUUCCAACCCCAGGUGUCGGUAUGCCCGCCAGUGCCUCCUCGGAACACCAGGCUGUCAUCGGCACCUCACCUGACGAGAAGGGUACGUUGCUGGAAAGUGCCAUUGAGGGCCACGUGUUGGUGAAGAAUACCAACAAUGCUCUGCCUCUUCAAUCAUCGCGGCUGCUAUCGGUCUUUGGCUAUGAUGCCAAGAAGCCUGAUGCGUUUGACCUUGCUGCUACGAUCUUGGGCAGUAGUCCUCCCAUCCAGAACUCCACACUCUAUGUAGGCGGUGGCUCUGGAUCGAAUUCACCGGCCUAUGUCAUCGCGCCACUCGAUGCCAUCCAGCAACAGGCGUAUCAGGAUAGUACAUCGGUGCUCUGGGACGUCAGCUCUCAAGACCCAAACGUGGAUCCAACAUCCGAUGCUUGUCUCGUUUUCAUCAACAGCUAUGCAACGGAAGGCUAUGACCGACCGGGCUUGACGGACGACUACAGCGAUACCAUGGUGACGAAUGUCGCUGGUAAAUGCAAUAACACCGUCGUUGUAAUCCACAAUGCCGGCAUCCGACUGGUUUACGAUUGGAUCGACCAUGAGAACGUCACUGCUGUUAUCCUGGCUCACCUCCCCGGCCAAGAUACCGGUCAUGCCCUAGCAGACAUUCUUUACGGUCGGGCCAAUCCCUCCGGCAAACUUCCCUAUACGAUCGCCAAACAGGCCUCGGAUUAUGGCGCCUUGUUACACCCAUCCGAGCCCCAGACACCGUAUGGACUAUUCCCCCAGUCGGACUACACUGAAGGGGUCUACAUUGACUACCGGGCCUUCGAUAAGCAGAAUAUCACCCCGCAAUUUGAAUUUGGGUUUGGCCUUUCCUACACCACGUUCGACUACUCGGCGUUGGAUAUCCAGAAGACCAAUGAUACGAACUCUCAGUAUCCACCGUCUGCCACGAUCCAAGAGGGGGGAAACCCUCACCUGUGGGAUGAGCUUGUCAAGGUGACAGCGGAGGUGCAGAACAGUGGAUCGGUCGACGGGGCAGAGGUGGCCCAGCUCUAUGUGGGGAUACCCAACGGGCCGAUCCGCCAGCUGCGUGGGUUCGAGAAGGUGCACAUCGCCUCGGGGGAGACGGUGCAAGUGACUUUUUCCCUGGACCGGCGGGAUCUCAGUACCUGGAGCGUGGAAGCGCAGCAGUGGCUGCUGCAUCCGGGCACAUACCAGAUUUAUGUCGGACGGUCGAGUCGGGAUCUUCCCCUGACGGGCGAAUUUUCUGUCUAAUAUACCCAAGGACUAGCUAUCAUCCAUAGCCUCAAUUAUAUCUGCCCAAUUUGGACCAUUC